GGAAGAGAUAUGCUACAAACAAAUAUAGGAUAAGUUCGCUUUCCCAUUCCUACCGUGGAAGAUCUAUUUGCCUCUCUCACCCUAGAAGGCGUCUAUGUUUAUAGAUUGAGGGGCUUAAAGAGUAAUUUUUAUUGUGCAUAAAACGUAAUGCUCAGAGGAGUAUCGAUAGUCUUUAGACUCCAUUGAAAAAAUAGAUAUUUUGAUUAUUAGUAUUAAAAUAGGAUUAUUGGUACAUCUAUUUUAGCUAUAUAUAAAAAAAAAAAAAAAACUCAACCAAUUGGAGUGUUGAUGAAGAAUUAAACAAGUUUAGAAACAUAAAGCCCUAAUUUGUGAAGUGCCUGCUUGUCUUCAGUGGGUGUCCGUUCCGUCUCUGAUUGUGAUCGGCUAUCUCAGGCCGUCGUGAUCGUAGUUUGGUUACGAUCGUCACUCGUUUUAAAGACUUCAGGUAAUUAUAUGAGCAACUGAUUCUAGUCAUUAUAUAUAUAUAGGUGAACCUUUCUUGAGAACAAUACAAUCAACAUAUUGAAAUGGUGCAAAAGAAAAUAGAAGAAAGGAAAAUGGGUAAUGAGAGUGAGAUCCCAAUUUUAGAUUUUUCAAAGAGUAGUGGAAUGAUGUUAAUGGAAGAGAGUGAAGGAAGGAAAGAAAUGUGCAAGAAAGUGAGAGAAGCAUUUGAGAAUCACGGUUGUUUACUCGUAAGGUGUGAUGAAAUCUCAAAUCCAUUACGUGAAGAUUUGUUCACGGGCUUGAAAUCAUUGUUUGAUCUACCUGAAGAGACCAAGCAGAAGUUCUUUAGCCCAAAUGCUUAUAGGGGCUACACUAACAAGGGCGAUGAAGUUCCUCAUGCUGAUAGCUUUGGUAUUUAUGAUGCUCAUAAGCCAGAUACAAUUGGUCAAGACUUUGUUGACCUCUUGUGGCCUCAAGGAAAUCAAACUUUUAGUAAGGCACUAAGUUCCAUGACCUCAAAAGUACGGGAACUAAGCUUGCUUAUCCUGAAGAUGGUUGUGGAGGGUUUCGGCCUUCCACAACAAUACAACUUGGAUGUUGAACAGCUGAAUAGCUACUCUAAUACACGAUUGACAAGGUAUAAACUUCCUGAAGACAACAAGGAUUCUGAGAUUGCUUUGGCACCUCACUGUGACAAAGCCACCUUUUCUCUCAUAUGCGAAAAUGGCGUCCAAGGUCUGCAGGUGCUAUCCAAAACAGGCAAUUGGGUUGAUGUAAAUAUUCCCAAAAAUGGCUGUGCAGUACUUGUUGGUGACAUGUUGAAGGCAUGGACCAAUGGAAUAUUUCCAGCAGCCAAACACAGAGUGGUGACUAGAGGAGGAGACAAAGAGAGAAUCACAUUUAUUCUUAUGGCAGUGCCAAAGGAAAGUAUGGUUAUUAAGGCACCCUCUGAAUUGGUGGAUGAUGAAAAUCACCCUCUCUGUUACAGGUCAUUCAUGUAUGAGGAAUACAUAUACUAUCGGUGUUCGACUCAUGGAGAAGAGGGAUCACUUGAAAAAUUUGCUGGACUUUGAUCCCUCAUUAUGUGAUGCAAAUUAUUAUCCUUUUAUAUUUUUUAAAAAGGCAGAGGAAUUGAACUCACUUUUUAGUUUGUAGUAACAGUUUCUGGAUGUGUUGGAAUUUGGUUCUAUUGUUUUCAGUA